AAUGUGUGCCCUCUGUUUUUCUAAUAAUUAGGUUAAUCAGUCCGCAGCUUGUGCGCAUAAAUAGAUUUAAGGAGGUUGCCUCGGUGGGGAGCGACGGCCUUCUGCCCGCGGUUGGAAGGCGGCGAAGGGAAGGUUGGUUAUGCCCUACCGCCAAGAGAUUUAUGCUCCCGUGGGUUUCAAAUUUGCAGUUCAUACAUGGAGCAAGAUCAUUCUUGGAGGCCUUUCUCUCUUUUCCAAGUCUUCUUAUUCCAGGAAACUCUUUGUUGGCGGUUCAUUGCUCUUGGAAAUUUCCUCCUUGUCUCUUUUGUCAACUAUACUUGAGGCAAGCUACUGUUCCAUCACCACAAGGACCAGACCAUAUGCAGCUUUCUUCUAUUUUUGCUCUGAUACAGGUCUUCGUUAGCCGUGUCCACCUGCACAUCAUCAUAAAUUCAGGCUCUUCUGCUCUUGAGGUUGAAGGAAUAUUCAGUAUAUAUUGCUUUUGUCCUUUCUUGCACCAUCAACUUCAAGUUUUAUCUUUAUUAUGAUUUAAUAAGGUUCAAGGCAUUCAAGAAAUUAGUUAACUGAUUGCUGAAACGUAAUACUUCUGUGUAUGGCCAUCAAGAUGAUCUAGCAUCUAUCACAUUUCAAAUCAUAGUGGAUCUUUCCUGAAGCUUGUCAAAGUUUGAUAGCAUACAUAAAAGAGUUCUUUUGUUGAAGCAUUAGUUUUGUUUUGGUUCUAUCGUGUUGUUGGAGAUUCUACGGAAAUUCAGCUCCAACAACAAUGGAAAGGUACAAACUAAUUAAAGAAGUUGGAGAUGGAACUUUUGGAAGUGUUUGGCGUGCACUUAAUAAACUGACUGGACAAAUUGUUGCAAUUAAGAAAAUGAAGAGGAAAUAUUACUCAUGGGAUGAGUGUAUGAAUCUUCGAGAAGUUAAAUCUUUGCGGCGCAUGAACCAUCCAAAUAUUGUCAAGCUUAAGGAGGUUAUAAGAGAGAAUGAUAUUUUGUACUUCGUGUUUGAAUACAUGGAAUUCAACCUUUUCCAAAUUAUGAAAGACAGAGGCAAGGGUUUCUCGGAGGCAGAAAUUCGUAAUUGGUCUUUUCAGAUAUUUCAAGCCCUUUCUUACAUGCAUCAUCGUGGCUAUUUUCACCGAGACCUUAAGCCUGAGAACUUAUUGGUCACAAAGGACAUCAUAAAGAUAGCAGAUUUUGGCCUUGCUCGAGAAGUUUGUUCACAACCACCUUACACCGAAUAUGUUUCUACUCGCUGGUACCGGGCACCUGAAGUCUUGUUGCAGUCAUCCAUGUAUGAUGCCUCAGUAGAUAUGUGGGCAAUGGGUGCUAUCAUGGCAGAACUAUUUACUCUAAGGCCACUUUUUCCCGGUGCAAGUGAAGUGGACGAGAUCUACAAGAUCUGCAGUGUGAUUGGUAGUCCAAAUGAGAAAUCUUGGGCUGAAGGGUUGCAGCUUGCAGAUGUGAUGAAAUAUCAGUUUCCUGUGUGUUCUGGUGUCCAUCUAUCGUCACUAAUUCCAUCAGCCAGUGAAGAGGCAGUCAAUCUAAUUUCAGCACUUUGUUCCUGGGAUCCAUGCCAGAGACCAAAAGCCGCUGAAACUCUUCAGCAUCCCUUCUUUCAAUCUUGCUUUCAUAUCCAUCCACCUCUUCAUUCUAGGGAGGGAAGAUUAUCUCACACGCCUCCUGUUGGGAUUAAGGGAGCUAUGGAGCAGCAUAGUAGUAGAAGAAAUUCAGCUGGAUCUCUUUCUGUUACAAGAUCAGCUAAUAAUGUUGUGCUAACAAAGGCGAAUUCUCCUCUGAGAGCUGGUGCACAGAGGAAACUGGAAAUGGAUAAACAGGAACUCGAAAAAAGAGAGAAAUCUGUGAAGGACAACCUGAAGCAAUCUCGCUAUAAACCACCUGCAAGAAACGUUCCAGCAUACUCAGGCCACAGCACUCGUAAGAUGGCCGAUUCGCGAGAGAAGAUGUGUGCUGAAACAGCGGACAAACUGGCACGGAUGUCAGUGAGCUCUGGCACACAGCUGAAGAGCACAAGACUGCCCCCGCCACCACCUCCAAUGAAAGCCGGUGGUUGGCACGGCCGAACGGAUUUUCUCGCUCGAUCACAUGAGAUUCCUUCGGCCAAAAGGUACUCGAGGAAAGUCAUGGGCUGAGAUUCCUGCGCCCUUGGCGCAUGCUGGCCUCAGGGUCGACGACUUGCAAGCUUCCAGUAAAAAUAAAUAUAUCUCGACUGCUAAUCUGUAUAUUCCUUGCCCGUUUGCUCGAGUUGCUUCUGGUUAAUCUGCUUGGAAAUUAACACAAUGAAAUCUGUGAACGUUUGCUAGUUUUGCCUGGUAUUUUGCUGAGAAAGUGUUUUAGGGUGAAUGCGGGUUGGCUAGGCCAAUUGUAUUAGAUUCAAUCUUUAUUAUUGAAUUUCUAAGUCAAUGGUAUUUUAAAUGACA